CUAUCGAUAGUCCACCGAUAACUUUCUGUUUACCUUCUUUAAAAAAACGCACGUGCACUUUAAAUAUUGUAGGGUUUUGCUUAUUUUUUUUCACUUUUGGAAGCAUUUAUUGACCUGACAAUGCCGCCCGUUGCCCAGGAGGGCAAUUGCCUGAUUUACCGCGGCAGUAACUUCCUCAAACAGCGCCUGAUCCUCUCCUGCCUGUCCGGGAAACCCGUGAAGAUUACCCAAAUACGCUCCGAGGAUGAAACGGCGCCCGGCUUGAGGGAGUACGAGAUCAGCCUGAUCCGGCUGCUGGACAAGAUCACUAACGGCACAAAAAUCGAACUGAAUCCGGCGGGCACUAGUGUCAUGUUCUCACCGGGUCUGCUCCAUGGCGGACCCAUCCAUCACGAUUGCUGUGUGCAGCGCGGCAUCGGCUACUAUUUGGAUGCCCUGAUAGCCUUGGGCCCGUUCUGCAAGAAUCCUCUACAGUGCAACCUGCGCGGGGUGACCAACAGCAAGGACUCACCGUCAGUGGACCACAUCAAGGGUGCUGCCUUGACGCUUCUCAAGAGGUUCCUUCUGGUGGACGAGGGCCUGGAACUGAAAGUCAUCCGACGAGGAGUCGCUCCUCUGGGCGGCGGUGAGAUUGUGUUCCGGUGCCCAGUCCGGAAGAGUCUCCGGGCCAUUCAGUUCCAAGCCCAGGGCAUGGUGAAGCGGAUCCGGGGCACGGUUUACGCCUGCAAGGUGUCCCCGGCAAUGGCCAAUCGCACCGUGGAAGCGGCCAAGGGCUGCAUGCUCAAGUUCCUGCCCGAUGUCUACAUAUACACCGACCAGAACAAGGGCAAGAUGUCCGGGAACUCGCCCGGCUUUGGAAUCUGUCUGAUUGCGGAGACCACAGACGGUGUGUGCUUCGCCGCCGAUGGCUGUUCCAACACGAGAGAGGAAUCGGACACUCCUUCCAUACCCGAGGACCUGGGCCAGGAGGUGGCCAUGCGACUGCUGGACGAGAUCUAUCGCGGCGGCUGUGUGGACUCCAGCUACCAAUGGCUGGCAGCUCUCUACAUGGCUCUGGGCCAGAAACAUGUCUCCAAAUUUCUAACAGGUGCUCUGUCCACAUACACUGUCCACUUCCUGCAGCAUUUGCGCGACUUCUUCUCCAUUACGUUCAAGCUGGAGAACCCCGAGGCGGAGGACGACGACGUGGAGGAUGGGGAUGUCCGUGGUGCCCAGAAAGUGCUGAUGGCGUGUGUGGGGAUCGGAUACACGAACAUCAAUAAGCGUGUUAAUUAAAGUGCUCUUUAGGUAUAAAGUUUUAUUAAUAAAUAUUUUUUUUGUAUAUGA